GAGGGGUCGGUCGUGCGAAAUGCGACGCUGGUGCCCUCUGGGCGGUGUGCGGCGGAAGGUAAGAUUAGUCAGUCGCCAGCCGUUCGAGGACGACGCACGUUUUGCGCGCGCGCGCGUUUUCCCCGUCUGAUUUCGCGUUUUGGGCGCGCGCGUGGCUACAGGUGGUCGCGUCGAAACCACCGGUGAAGUGUAGUGAAGUCGGCGGAUCUCGUCCGUGUGAAGACGGUAAAUCCCCGAUUGGAGCGAGGUUGGAGCGCGGAAAAUCUAAUUCGGGGACGAAAGGCGGGAACUCGACCCUCGUUCCUACGGAUCUGGAGCUGGACGAUCAACGUCAACUUUCUACGCGCAGUGGUGUUUAAACUCCGACUUCGUCGUCGCCGUGAGGAGCGGAUCAGCAGGCGCUGAGUUAACGUUCGGCUGGAGGGCUCGAGAAAACGAACGUACGCGGAUCGCGUGGUGGUCGCGUGCUGACAGGUGGCGACGCGCGCGCACGCGAGAACCCCGACAGGGCGGCGGCGUACGCGCGCACCGGAAGAAGCGGAACGCACGAGGAAAGCGGCGAGGGGCAUUUCAUCUCUCACCUCCCGUUCGAUGCGCGAGACGAGGUAGCGCGCGGGAACAGGAUGAAAAGGAGAACGCCGGACGGCCUGCUGGGGUCGUGCCGCGAAAGAAGGGAAAGCCGCGCUGCUCCGAGAUCGCCCCGGUGAUACUCCCGGAGAGUUUUUUUUUUUUAUCCAAUUCCGUUGGAUCCUUCGAAUCCGCCAGCGGCGAUCCGUUGAAACAUCAACUUUUCAUUCGUCGACAUUGGAUUAUAUUAUAUGUAUAUUGUUAUUAGCACAGUGAUCGGCGAAUAUCGCCCGUGGGAUUGUUUCUUCUUUUGUGCUCUCGUUUCGAUCUUAUUGUGAUCUUGUCGGUAAGCGCUCUCUCUUUCUCUCUCUCUCUCACUCUCUCUCUCUUUCUCUCUUUCUCUCUUUUUCUCUCGCGUGUGGCCCGAGGGCAGUGCGAUAGUGAACUGUGAAAGGUUAUACGUCAUUAUUAAAGUGGAGGAUAUAUAUCAGUACCGAGGUGUUCAGUACGAGGAGUGCGGGGGUGAUCUUCUUGUGGAAAAUCGACCGCCCCCGGCGAUCUUUGUUCUUCGAGAAUGAAGUGAACGUUUCGCGGCCCAAGCUCCUUCGUCGAAAUAUGAGGAUUACGUUCUAUCGUUGCGAUCGUUCGUGGGCAUCGAUUGCAAGCAAAAAUGUAUCUUACCCGUGUGUUUCUGCUACUCCUGCUCGUUGCGAGUUCAAGAUGUAUGUGCUCGAGCGGAUACACCGGGCAGAACUGCGAGAGCGACUACAUCCCCUGCGAUCCGUCACCGUGUGAAAACGGAGGCUCGUGCCAUCAGGUUAGCGAACAUGCCUACGAGUGCAUCUGCCCCGAAGGAUUCCGAGGCACUCAUUGCGAGGAGAAUAUCGAUGACUGUCCGGGCAAUCUGUGUCAAAAUGGUGCCACCUGCAUGGACCGGGUGAACGAGUAUUCCUGCUUGUGUCCACCGGCCUUCACCGGCACGCAGUGUGAACUGGACGUGGACGAGUGCUCGGUACGGCCGUCCUUGUGCCACAACGGGGCCACAUGCACGAAUUCGCAUGGCAGUUACUCGUGUAUAUGCGUGAACGGCUGGACCGGGCCCGAUUGCAGCGUCAACAUCGAUGAUUGUGCAGGAGCGGCUUGCUUCAACGGCGCAACUUGCAUCGAUCGCGUCGGCAGCUUCUAUUGUCAGUGCACAUACGGAAAGACCGGGCUGCUUUGUCAUCUUGAUGAUGCCUGUACGUCGAAUCCGUGUCACGAGGGCGCGAUCUGUGACACCAGCCCUAUCAACGGGUCCUUCACCUGCUCCUGCGCUACUGGAUACAAAGGACUGGAUUGCUCCGAAGACAUUGACGAGUGCACACAAGGCUCUCCUUGCGAGCACGACGGUAUCUGCGUGAACACGCCCGGAUCUUUCGCGUGCAAUUGCACGCAAGGAUUCACGGGUCCACGAUGCGAGACGAAUGUGAACGAGUGCGAGUCGCAUCCAUGUCAGAACGACGGUUCCUGUCUGGACGAUCCUGGGACCUUUCGAUGCGUCUGCAUGCCUGGCUUUACUGGAACCCAAUGCGAGAUUGACAUAGAUGAGUGCGCGCUGAGGCCGUGCAUGAACGGUGGUACUUGCAGCGAUCUUAUCAAUGCCUUCAAAUGCACCUGCGCCGAGGGCUUUACCGGCACCCACUGCCAGAUCAACAUCGACGACUGCAUCUCGUCGCCAUGCAAAAACGGUGGCACUUGCCAGGACGGUAUCGCGAGGUAUACGUGCGAAUGUCCGCCCGGCUUCACCGGCGACUCCUGCGAGACCAACAUCAACGACUGCGCCUCGAAUCCGUGUCGCAGUGGUACCUGCAUUGACGGUGAGAACAGCUUCACCUGCAACUGCUCCCCCGGCUUCACCGGCAAGCUAUGCCAGACGCAGAUCGACGAGUGCGAGAGCAAUCCGUGCCAGUUCGGCGGUAGAUGCGAGGACCGUAUCGACGGUUAUAUAUGCGUUUGCCGACCAGGAACGUCCGGCGAAAAUUGCGAGGUCAACGUCAACGAGUGCUACAGCAACCCUUGCCGAAACGGGGCUAGAUGCAUCGAUGGUAUCAACAGGUAUUCCUGCGAAUGUGAGCCCGGCUUCACCGGCCAGCACUGCGAAACUGACAUAAAUGAGUGCGCGAGCAACCCGUGUGCGAACGGUGGCCGUUGCAUCGACGUAAUAAACGGCUUUAGAUGCGAGUGUCCGCGCGGCUACUACGACGCCAGGUGUUUGAGCGACGUGGACGAGUGCUCGAGCUCGCCCUGCCUGAACGGCGGCACUUGCGAGGACGGGGUGAACCAGUUUAUCUGCCACUGCCUGCCCGGUUACGGUGGUAAGAGAUGCGAGGCGGAUAUCGACGAAUGCGGCUCGAACCCCUGCCAGCACGGUGGCACGUGCAACGAUCAUCUGAACGACUACAGCUGCAAGUGCCUGCCAGGUUAUACUGGCACCAAUUGCGAGACUAACAUCGACGACUGCGCCAACAACCCCUGCCAGAACGGCGGAUCCUGCAUCGACCUCGUCAACGAUUACAAAUGCGUCUGCGAGCUGCCCCACACCGGCAGAAAUUGCGAAGACAAGCUAGACCCGUGCUCACCGAACAAAUGUCUUCACGGGGCAAAAUGCUCACCAUCGUCAAACUUCCUCGACUUCGCGUGCACGUGUACGGUCGGUUACACGGGCAGGCUAUGCGACGAGGAUGUAGAUGAGUGCGUGAUGACGUCGCCAUGCAGAAACGGUGCUACUUGUCGGAACACAAACGGCUCCUACCAUUGCGUUUGUGCGAAGGGCUACGAGGGCCGUGAUUGCAUCAUCAAUACCGAUGACUGUGCAUCAUUUCCCUGUCAAAAUGGCGGCACCUGUCUGGAUGGCAUCGGUGAUUACACGUGUCUUUGCGUGGAUGGUUUCAGUGGUAAACACUGCGAGAUCGACAUCGACGAAUGCCUGUCGCAACCUUGUCAGAACGGUGCUAUUUGCAAGGAAUACGUCAACUCUUACACGUGCCAAUGUCAACUCGGCUUCUCCGGAAUUAAUUGCCAAACCAACGACGAGGACUGCACCGAUAGUAGUUGCAUGAAUGGCGGUACAUGUAUCGACGGUAUCAACAAUUACACAUGCGUUUGCAAGACCGGCUACACGGGAUCGAAUUGCCAGUAUCGUAUCAAUGAAUGCGAUAGCUCACCCUGCCAAAACGGUGCUACUUGUCACGAUCACGUGCAAUACUACACGUGCCACUGUCCGUACGGUUACACAGGCAAGCAAUGCGACACAUAUGUAGACUGGUGCGCGGACAAUCCAUGCGAAAACCAGGCAACGUGCGUUCAGCACAUGAACAAGUAUCAUUGCAAUUGUUCUCCCGGAUGGACAGGUAAAGUAUGCGACGUGGAGAUGGUCUCGUGCAAAGAUGCUGCGAUACGGAAAGGCGUGCCGGAGAACAGUUUGUGCAACAACGGCACCUGCGAAAAUAUAGGCAACAGUCAUCGUUGCCAUUGCCUCGACGGUUACACUGGUUCUUACUGUCAGGAGGAGAUAGACGAGUGCGAGUCGGCACCAUGUCAGAAUGGCGCAACCUGCAAGGACCUCAUUGGCUCGUAUCAAUGCCAAUGCACUAAGGGUUUCCAAGGUCAAAAUUGCGAACUUAACAUCGACGACUGCCGACCGAAUCCCUGUCAAAACGGUGGCACCUGUCACGAUCUGAUCAACAACUUCACAUGCUCUUGUCCACCUGGCACUCUUGGUUUCAUAUGUGAAGUCAACAUCGAUGACUGCACGAUGACCGCUUGCCACAAUAACGGCACUUGCACUGACAAAGUUGGUGGUUUCGAAUGCAUGUGUCCGCCAGGUUUUGUCGGACCAAGAUGCGAAGGCGACAUUAACGAGUGCUUGUCGAAUCCGUGUGCCUCGCCCGGUACUCAGGACUGUGUACAAUUGGUCAACAACUAUCACUGCAACUGCAAACCCGGUUAUAUGGGCCGCCACUGCGAGAUCAAGGUGAAUUUCUGUGAUAGCUCUCCAUGUCAAAACGGUGGCUUUUGCACGGCCAAGCCCGAUAAGCACGUUUGCAUCUGUCCUAGUGGUUAUUAUGGUCCCAAUUGCGAAUUUGCCGGUUCCUAUUGCGACUCCGAACCCUGUCAGAAUGGCGGUACGUGCCGCGUCAUCGGAAACAGUUAUCAGUGUUACUGCCUGCCAGGUACGACCGGUUUGCAUUGUGAGUUCGAUGCCUGGAACGAAUGCGACAGGCACCCGUGUCAGCAAAACGCACCUUGCAUAAAUAAGAUUGGCGACUACGCCUGUGACUGUCCUCCCACAUGGUCUGGCAAGAAUUGCGACAUGUACGACUCAAAUUUUCCUGGCGGAGUGUUCGGCAAUACAUCUAGAAGCUUGGAUGAUAUUAAUUGGGAGCGCGAGCGGCAGAAGUGUAUUGAAAACGACUGCGCUCAUAAGGCCCGCAAUGAACGCUGUGACGAGGAAUGCAAUCGACCCGCGUGCGAUUUUGACGGUAACGAUUGCUCGCUGGGCAUCAAUCCGUGGCGCAAUUGUACUGCACCCGAAUGCUGGAAGGUAUUCAUGAAUGGCUUGUGUGACGAAGUCUGCAAUAAUCCGCAAUGUCUUUUUGACGGUAGAGACUGUGAAAAAAAGCUUCCUCCUUGCAACCCAAUUUAUGACGCGUACUGCAGAAAGCAUUACGCUAACGGCCAUUGCGAUUACGGAUGCAACAACGAGGAAUGUAACUGGGAUGGUAUGGAUUGCGAGAAGGAGCCACCGUCAUUAGCAGAAGGUGUUAUAUCCAUAGCCGUGAGGAUGGAUGUAAAUACUUUUCGCGCAAACCUCGCAGCCUUUUUACGUGACAUCGGUCAUCAUCUAAGAACGACACUUCGUAUUAAAGUAGAUGAAUAUGGCAAUGAAAUGAUAUAUCCUUGGAAGGGCGAGAAUGAUAAAGAUAAAUUUCCUAUCAUCUUUACGCGACCAACGAUCUCUUCCAAGAAGAAAGGCACGAUCGCUUUUAUGGAGAUCGACAAUCGCAAAUGCAUGGAGAGCUCAUGUUUCUCAUCGGCGAACGAGGCGGCUGAAUUUUUAGCUGCUACGGCAUUGAAGCACACUAUAUCGCGGAAUUUCCCUAUCGAACAAGUGCGAAGUGUCCUGACUCCUCCGCCUCCAGACUAUACAGAGGGCCCAACGAAUUAUAAGUACGUUUUCAUCGGUGUGGUCAUCGUUGUGCUCGGCGGUUUGCUAGUGGGCGUCCUAGUAACCGCACAGCGAAAGCGUGCCGUAGGAGUCACAUGGUUCCCUGAAGGUUUCUUAAGAACCAGCAGUGGCAGUGGCCAACGACGCCGAUCACGUCGACGCGGUCCAGAUGGUCAGGAGAUGCGUAAUUUGAAUAAGCAACCAUCGGUGAACUGCAUGAGCAUGGAUGUUGUGAGCGCCCGAAUACCGUCGCAAUGGUCCGACGACGAGUCUGAUCUUCCACCAUCAAAGCGGAUGCGCGCCAUCGAACCGGGCUACGCGAGCGAUCAUACUGUCAUCACAGACUACGAAGAGACCGAACCUCGCAUGUGGACACAGCAACAUCUAGAUGCGGCUGAAAUACGACGACCGGACGCAGGAGGUGUGCUGACACCACCCAGUCUUGAGCAUGGCCAGGACGUGGACGCGCGUGGUCCUUGUGGCAUGACACCGCUAAUGGUAGCGGCAGUGCGUGGUGGCGGAAUCGACACCGGUGAGGAGGAGGAUGAAAGCGAUGGCACUGCGGCAGUGAUCGCCGACUUGGUUGCCCAAGGCGCGGAUCUGAAUGCCACUACGGACAAGAGCGGUGAGACGUCGCUGCAUCUGGCCGCGCGUUAUGCUCGAGCCGAUGCGGCCAAAAGAUUAUUGGACGCGGGCGCUGAUGCUAAUUCACAGGAUAACACCGGUCGUACACCGCUGCACUCCGCCGUCGCAGCCGAUGCUAUGGGAGUUUUUCAGAUUCUGCUGCGCAAUCGAGCGACGAAUUUGAACGCGCGAAUGCACGAUGGCACCACACCGCUGAUACUAGCGGCGCGUUUGGCCACCGAGGGUAUGGUAGAAGACCUUAUUAACGCCGAUGCGGACAUCAAUGCCGCCGAUAACAGCGGCAAGACCGCACUGCACUGGGCCGCGGCGGUCAAUAACGUCGACGCUGUGAACAUUCUGUUAGUGCAUGGCGCAAACAGAGAUGCUCAAGAUGACAAAGACGAAACUCCAUUAUUCUUAGCCGCUCGUGAGGGCAGUUUCGAAGCAUGCAAAGCAUUGCUCGACACAUUUGCCAACAGAGAGAUUACCGAUCACAUGGAUCGAUUACCUCGCGAUGUCGCAAGUGAGAGACUGCAUCACGAUAUUGUCAGACUACUUGACGAGCAUAUGCCGAGAUCGCCGCAAAUGGUUACAGUCAUUCCGAAUGGUCCUCUCAUGGGAUCUUCAAAUCAUCCACAAUUAAUCACGCAUCCUACGGUUAUCGGUUCAGCACCGAAGCAAACCAAGUCAAAGAAACGGCCAAAGGCAGGCACGGGAAACCCAAACAGUCCAGAGUCAGAGAACGCCGGUACGGUGGUGAUGGUAAGGCGAAAACCAUCGGUGAAGAAGCCACCAGCUAAACCGCGCGGCGCUCAGCCUCCAAACCAGGAGAUCCCACAGGGAGCAGAAGGUGCCGAUGGCAAUCUACCGACUAGCCCGUACGAUAGCGCGAGCCUUUAUAGUAACGCACUACCUCUGGUGGCUCACACUGCAACGGCGAAACAGCCGCCACCGUACGAGGAUUGCAUCAAGAGCCAAUCUAUGCAAGGUCUGCAACAACUCGGCUUGGAUACUUUUACGAGCAACUACGGGCUGCCAUUUCACGACCAGCUCCUAGCGCCUCAUCAGCGACAACAAGGCAUAGUAAACACAUUGUCGCCACCAUACAGUAAUCAAUCGCCGCCACAUUCGGUACAGUCCAAUAUGACUCUUUCUCCACAAGCGAGCUAUAUGGGCUCACCGUCGCCGGCGAAAAAUAGGCCGUCGUUGCCCACUUCGCCAACUCAUAUUGCUGCCAUGCGGCAAGCAACGCAUCAAAAACAUGGCAGUAUGCCGCCAGUGGGUUUUGACUUUGAGAAUUUACCAUAUUCCUCGAGCCAGCAGCAGCAACAGCAACAACAGCAGCAACAGCAGCAAAUCCAGCAAACGCAGCAACAGAUUCAGCAACAACAGCAGCAGCAGCAGCAGCAACAACAGCAGCAGCAGCAACCGCAGCCACAGCAGAGCACGCAACAGCAGCAACAACAGCAGCAGCAGCAGCAACAGACGCAGCAAUACUAUCAAUAUUUGACGCCGCCAUCUCAUCAUUCCGGACCCGACGUUACGCCACAGCAUCUCAUGCAAGCACCCGAGAGCUUCCCAACGCCAUCGCCGGAUAGCCCUGGUCAUUGGUCUUCGAGCUCGCCCCAUUCGAAUAGCGACUGGUCCGAUUGUAUGGCCUCGCCUACGAAUGCCUACGGCGCUAGUGGUGGCGCUCACCAAAGCAACAAGGGCUCUGAAGCGAUUUACAUAUGAGGCGAUUUACAGUAGCAAUGGUACUCUCUUCCUCACGCAUAAAUUGUGAAAAGAAAGGAAAAUAGAAAGUUAUAUGUGAACUGUGAUUAGCUCGUCGAAUUCGAGCAUCUAAACGUUGGAAAACACGAAAAAAUACGCAACGUUGACAAUAAAAGGGCUCUCCAUAAUAGAUCAGUGGCAAGAAGGUAUUUUUAUUUUUCAUUUGUGUAUAUGUGUGUGUGUGUCGAAAGAAUGAAUGCGGUAAAGCGCAUUUCCGUGAUUAUAUAUUAAUAGAUACCAGUAUUGGGAAUAAAUAAUUCGUGGAUAUAAUAUAUAUAUGCAGUUACACAUAUGUUAUAAUCUUUCAUAACAUAUGUUAUAAUGUUAUCUUAUUCGAAAAUAUGAACUUAUUUUUUAAUUAUGUUCAUUAAUCAGGUUACCCAGCACAUCUUUUCUAACACUGAUGCGUAUAAAUAUAAAUGAUGAAAUAUAUAUGUAUACUGCGUGUGUAAGCGAGAGAGUUUCAAUCAGAAAUGUUAUAAAACUAACGCUGGAUUAUGCGCUAUUCGUUGUCCGCACAAAAAAAAUUGAAAUUUGUGAAUAUAAUGUGAAUGAACACAAAUUCACUAAGUUUAUCAUUUCACAUAAUGCUUAUCAAUGGAAUGGUCUUUACAAAAUUAAAAGGCGCGAAACAUUACGAAUUCAUUUUUAGGUUCGUAUAUAGUACUGCAUAUAAUAAAUCAUAAUAUUAUAAAUACCUAAUAAAUUAUAAAUCACGAAUCGUAUACAAUUUAACGCUAAUUUUAGACAUACUUAAAUUACAAGACCGAUUGUGCCUCUCUAAUAUACGACGUAAUGUUUAUAAAAGUUACACCAAGAGAAUCGCACAAUUUAUAAAAAUAAAAUUCCUAAAAGCCUUCCAAACAAAUGUUAUAGCAGAAUUGUAUAAUGAAUUACACAGACAUAUCUUAACUAAUCAUGUAUUUAUAUAUGUAUUUGUAGUAUAUUUUUGAUAUCUAUCGUGUUUUACUGUCGCGGCGUCAUACACAGCUCAAUGAAUAAACGGUGCCUUCGACUUGCCAAUGUGAAGACCUAAUGGACAAUAAUAAGUAAGGGAACGAUACCUUGCUACUCUAUAAUAAUUGUACAUACUGCAAUAGAUUUAUCAAUCGUUCUACUGUGUCUGUUAUUCUAUGGAGACAACUACAUGUAGCAUGUAAUGUGCGGCAUUCUAUUUAAUUCAAUUACAUAGGACCCUCUCAUUUUUUUCUUUUCUUGUAUUUGUUUGGUUCGUGUCUUUCGAAUGUCGAACGGUGAUAAUUUCUAUUUAAUUCUCACUAAAUGCAGAUGUAACACGAAUGGGAAAUAAGAAGUCAUGAAUUGUGCCUUUGAAUUCCGUAGAAUAUAAGACACGCAAGUUCUAUGGGUAGAUCUAUUAUUAAAUUAUAUUGGAAGAAACGCAGCGUUUCCAAAUGGCCUUUAAAUAGAUUAAACGUUUAUUAUUAGUUAUAUAAUUGUCAGCUUAUACUGACAACAUGUAAUGUAAUGUAAUGUAAUUAAAUUUAAUGUAACAUAGACGAAGAUACAAGAGUUUGUAAUCUGUACGGUUGACGGGAGUUUCAGAGAACUUCUCCUUUACAGCUCGCGGAGCAUCGUUCCAUACAUAGACAUUCCAUUACGUAUGGCGCGCCAACAAUUUUUUUCUUCCCUUUCUUUCUCUUUCUCCUUUCCCAAUCUUCUCUCAACUCGCGCUAUUAAGUCUCUCGGAAAAUCAUUUAUUAAACAAUUUAGCGUAAUUAUUAAUCGUUAAUGUUAAUUUCUAGGUGUAUGAAUCGCCUUAAAUUAAGUACUCGGCGCGGAGCGCUAGGAUAGUUCUCUGAUCUCUUUUCUACCAAAGCCAAAACAGCAUUUUUAAUAUAAUCGUACGCUCACGGUGCAUACGAAUGAUAUACGUAAUGAGUAAUCAUGACGCAUUAUCAUAAAGAUGAUUGUUGCAAGAUAAAAAUAAAGAUAGAUAGAAAAGAGAAGAAUGUGUGUGUAUGUGAAUGUGUAUGAAUAAAUGAACGAGUAAAUGAAAGAAAGAACAGAAGAAAAGAAUUAACUAUUGUUGCGGGAUGAAGAAAGUUCGUGCGCGUGCUUUUGCAAUAUUGCCAGUGAUACAUAUUUUCGUAUGUUAUACGAAGGAUAUUACUGGUAUUAUCGAUGACCUGUUUGUGAAAACGUCGAGAAUGGUUCUGUUUUAAUUUUAUAUCGAAAGAUGAAAUUGUAAAUGUAAAUAUUCCUUCAUCUUUUCUAUCCGCUCAUCUUUUACCGUUAAGUACUUUUAUAUAAUUGUCUUUUCUCUCCUGAAUUUUUGUACAAACUGUUUUUACAUAUUUUUUUUAUAUAUUAUGUUAUAAGUUUAGCUGUAUUACUAUAAUUCCAUAAGGCGUAUCGCAUAAAAUAAUCAUGUCUCCUUCAUCAUAUUAUUAUCACAUAAACCUAUUUUAUAUAUCGUAUGCAGUUUACUAUUGCAUCUUAGACUGCCAUGCAAAUGCGAUCCUUGAUGCAAUUCUGAAUUACAUACACCGGUGUAAUAGAGCUUUUUUUCAGUCGUUGAACAUAUUGUGAGUCCAACAUAAUUUCAGUGCUUGCUUUAUGAUCUUCCAGAGGAAAAGAGUAGAUAUUUUUUACUUGUAUUUUUGUAACAAAUUACAUAUCUUUAAAACUGCCACACAUCAUGAAAAUUACGUGGAUUCUGUCAAGUAAUGAAAAUAAAAAUAUAGACAAAAAUAUUUUCUGUAUAGAGAAAUAAGUAUUUUAAGAAAAUUAUACAAAACUAUGCACAUACAUACAUCAUAUGUACAUAUAUACAUACAUAAUACAUAUAUACAUACACACGUAUACACAUACAUACGUACAUACAUACAUUCAUAAAUAUAUAUACUCAUUCAUACAUAUUCUCUUAUAGUAUUGCGCCACAAGUAAAAUAAUCACACAAAAAUGCAACUAAAAGUACAACCUUUAAAAAGGAUAAUGAACUCUAAAUAGUAUUGAAUAAAGAUCUGCAAUCGAUUCAUUUUUUAUAAACGAAAUUAGCAAUACGUAGAUAUUAUGUGUAAAUGAUUAAGCAAGCAAAUGCAAUUUUAUCAUGUGUUCAAAAUUUAACAGCAACUGCUCUCUGAUGCACCAUUAUUCUGUGUUAAACAAAGAGAUGUAAUUCUAAGCAUUAUGCUAUAAUAAUUUACAAUUAUUUACAAUAGGGUAGACAGACCGAUUAUUACGCUAGAUUUUGUUAUUCCUUGUAACUUGUAAAAAGUACUGAGUUUUAUUAGUAUUAAUUAUUUUGUAAGCAAGGAUUUGUUCUCGGUCCUAUUAUAUUAUUCUACCCCGCAACCCAUUCUCCCAUAUUUUUAUAAAUAAGUUAUGUCUUUUAAACACAAAUGUAAUAAUAAAGAUAAUCUAACAUCCAUAA